AUGGCUGAUGUUAUAGCCGACCAUGGACACAAUGUGACAUUAUUCCAACCAUUCCAUAUUGCUAUGAAAAACCUUGACGGGUUGGUUAAAAGCAAGAAUAUCGAGAUUAUCAACUACUAUCCCGAUCAUUAUGAAGACUUGCAAAAAUCUGAAGCUCAAACGUUCCCAGUGUUUUGGGACUCGCAUCUCGUCAAUAAUCCAGUUCUUUCUUCCUUCAUGAUGCCAAAAAUGCUAGCUAACGAGUUCGAAAAAACUGACAGGCAGCUCUACCUGGAUACAAAUUUGCAUGCAGAAUUAAAGAGCAGAAAAUUCGAUGUGGCAAUUGCGGAGACAUUUGGAGCAGCUUCAUUUUUUUUUGCUCAUCUUCUUGAACUUCCAUGCAUUCCCAUAUACUCCGCCGUUCGUUUUGAAGUCGUCAAUAAAUUGUUUGGUCAACCAUCUGCCCUUGGAUACAUCACACGAGAUGGUUCAAAAGGCGCGCCGGAUGCUGGAUUCCUGGAUCGUCUUAGCGACGUCUACAGAAAAUAUUUUGAUGUCUUGGGAUUCGAAAGAAUUUUCCAAUAUCAGAAUGAAUUGUUUCAAAAAACAUUGGGGAGACCUGUUCCAUCAUGGAAGGAUCUUAUAACACAAUCACCAGUCUUCAUUACAAACUCCAAUCCCUACCUGGAUUUUGCCGUCCCCACUACAGCAACUAUUGUUCAUGUUGGAGGAAUUACAAUGGAUCUGAAGAAGAUGAAAAAUGUGGGACCACUACCAGAAGAAUACGAGAAGAUCUUGCAAGAACGAGAGUCAACAGUUUUGAUAUCUUUUGGAUCUGUAAUCAGAUCAUUCCAAAUGCCCGAUAACUUCAAAGCGGGAUUAAUCAAAAUGUUCGAGUCACUUCCAGAUGUCACAUUUAUCUGGAAAUAUGAAAAGGACGACACUGAAUUUCAGAAAAAACUUCCAAAAAAUGUCCACCUCAAGAAAUGGGUCCCUCAGCCUGCACUGCUAGCUGAUCACAGAGUUAAAGUAUUUGUUACCCAUGGAGGAUUGGGAAGUACAAUGGAAAUCGCUUACACUGGAAAACCAGCACUAAUGGUUCCAAUUUUUGGAGAUCAACAUCACAAUGCAUUGAUGCUGGCAAGGCAUGGAGGAGCGGUGUCCUAUGAUAAGUUUGAUCUUCCUGAUGGAGAAAAAUUAACAAGAACUAUAAAAGAGAUUAUUACGAAUCCAAAGUAUCAAGAGAAAGCCCAAGAGCUUUUAGAAAUUCUGUAUAAUCAACCAAUCGAUCCAAAACUGAACCUUAUGAAGCAUCUGGAGUUUGCUAUUCAAUUCCCUAAUCUUCGAUCUCAAGUUCCUGAAAUCAAUCAAGUCGGACUAAUUGCUCAUUACUAUUUAGACGUUGUUUUGUUUUUGGCUUCAUCUUCUGCAUUAGCAUUCUACUUACUUUUCAAGACAUUAUUCCAGCCGUUUCAUUCUGCACUGAAAAACAUUGAUUGCUUGGUUAAAAACAAAAAUAUUGAGGUUCUUAAUUACUACCCUGAUCAUUAUGAAGAGCUAUUGAAAACGGAAACAGAAACGUUUCCAAUAUUCUGGGACUCUCCACUUGCGAAUAAUCGAGUUCUUAUGGCUCUUUUCAUGCCUAAAAUGAUGAUUGGCUCUCGAAUGGCUCCUACAUCUGGUUUGUGGGAUCGGCUCAAUGAUUUAUACAUGAAAUUUUCCGACAGGGUUGUGAUGGAAAGAAUUGCAAAACUGCAAACCAAAAUGAUUGAGGGCGCAAUUGGAAGGCCAGUUCCAUACUGGACAGAUCCAGUGAAGCAGUCUCCACUUUAUAUCACUAAUUCGAAUCCUUACCUGGAUUUUGCUGUUCCUACAACUGCUACAAUUGUUCAUGUUGGAGGAAUUACAAUGGAUCGACCAGAAGAGUACGAGAAGAUCUUGCAAGAAAGAGAGUCUACAGUUUUGAUCUCAUUCGGAUCCAAUGUCAGAUCGUUUCAAAUGCCUGAGAACUUCAAAGCAGGACUCAUCAAAAUGUUCGAGUCACUUCAAGAUGUCACAUUUAUCUGGAAAUAUGAAAAGGACGACACUGAAUUUCAGAAAAAACUUCCAAAAAAUGUCCACCUCAAGAAAUGGGUCCCUCAGCCUGCACUGCUAGCUGAUCACAGAGUUAAAGUAUUUGUGACUCAUGGAGGAUUGGGAAGUACAAUGGAAAUUGCAUACACUGGCAAACCAGCACUAAUGGUUCCAAUUUUUGGAGACCAACCCCAAAAUGCAAUGAUGUUGGCUAGGCAUGGAGGAGCGGUGUCCUAUGAUAAGUUUGAUCUUCCUGAUGGAGAAAAAUUAACAAGAACUAUAAAAGAGAUUAUUACGAAUCCAAAGUAUCAAGAGGAAGUCCAAGAGCUCCUAGAAGUCCUGUCUAACCAACCAAUCGAUCUAAAACUGAAUCUCAUGAAGCAUUUGGAGUUUGCCAUUCAAUAA